UGAGUCACUCGGGGCUGCGGGAUAAAAAGCGGCUCGAUCUGCUUUCAAAUUCACACGCGGGUCCGUCGGAAAGAAAGGGUCGUCGGUCGGGUCCAGGUGGACAUGAGAUGAGUGCGCUAAACAAGCGCUGUGUGUCGGGGAUCAUUUAGACGCGUGUCGGUGUCGGUCGGUCGGUCGGACGGUGUCGGUGCUGUUCGUGUCGGCGGCGAGAAUCGCACCAUGACGGACUACACCUGCAGGCUCAGGCUGCUCUAGAUGGCGGGAGGAGGAGAGGCUCUCGGCGAGCGGCGUCCUUCUCCUUCUCCUCGCCGUCUCCGGCGGCACGCGGACUCUCUGUUAUUAUUACCCCCGCGCUGGGGCGGCGGGCGCGAGCUCCCGUUUCGAUCCCCCCCCACCACCACCACCACCACCCGCCCACCCUACGGCCAUAAUAAUCGGAUUGCGGGGAAUGUGAAAGUGGCGGGGGAUUAACGGAGCGGCGCGUUGAAUCAAGGUAAACUAAACGCGGGAGAUGCGUGCGCGUGCAGUGGGAGCCUUUUGUUCGAGAGCAGCGAGCGGCUCGGCGAGAACAUCUCACACGAAGAUCUCUCACGCUGACAUCUGAAACUCCAGCCUCCCGCUCCCCCCACCACCAGCACCACCACCAGCACCACCCCCCUGGCACGAGCUUCUGCUCCUGCCGGGUCUCCUUCUCCAUGCUGCUAUGACUUACUGCGACCCUACCAUCCAGUGCCGGGUGCUCCUCACUCUGUUUCUCAGCGCGUCUGUAGCAUCCUGUCAUUCGGCGGACAACCUUUGCACAUCGCCUUUGGUGACGUCCUGUCAUGAGUGCCUCUCCCGUGGACCACAGUGUGCCUGGUGUUUUCAAGAGAUCUUUUUAAAUGGGAUGUCGCUGAGCGAAAGAUGUGACCUUGCUGUCAACCUGGAGAGCAAGGGUUGCGAAAUGCAAUUUAUUGAACGCCCGGGCGUGAAGGUGGAGGUGAAUACCACACUGCCGAGCACACAGGUGGCACCACGGGACCUCCUCGUCCAGCUGCCACCAGGUGGAGAAACGAGCUUCGUGGUGGAGGUGAAACAGCUGGAGCGGUACCCUGUGGACUUGUACUAUCUGGUGGAUGUGUCGGCUUCCAUGCAGGAAAAUUUGGACAGGCUGAAGACCGUAGGGAUGGCGCUCUCCCACCGCAUGAGGGACUACUCCUCCGACUUCCGAGUUGGAUUCGGCUCCUUUGUGGACAAGCCUGUCUCGCCAUACAUCAACGUCCACCCCUUGAAAAUUGAGAAUCCCUGCAAAGACUAUGAGAUCCAGUGCCGCCCAGCACACGGAUUCAUCCACGUGCUCCCUAUGACAGAUAACAUGACGGAAUUCACACGCGUGAUCCAGCAGCAGCAGAUCUCUGGGAACAUGGACACACCGGAGGGGGGUUUCGACGCCAUGCUGCAGGCUGCCGUGUGCCAGAAGAACAUUGGCUGGCGGCCGGAAGCCAAGCACCUCCUUCUUUUGAUGACGGACCAACCCUCUCACCUAGCGCUGGACAGCAGGCUUGCGGGCAUUGUCGUGCCCCAUGAUGGGAACUGCCACCUGGAGAACAACGCAUACACCAAGACCACCAAUAUGGAAUACCCAACCAUUGGACAACUGGCAGAAAAGCUCAUGGACAACAGCAUACACUCCAUUUUCGCAGUGGAGCAGGGGCAGUAUAAGUGGUAUGAGGAUCUCAUCCCCUUGCUGCCAGGCGCCUACCUGGGCCGGCUGCAGAAGAGAGCCUCGAACCUCAAAGAUCUGGUGAUCGAGGCUUACAAGAAGCUUCUCUCUAAUGUGGAGCUGGAAGUUGCCAUCCAAGACCACCACGUCCACAGGUUCCACAUCAAUAUCACAGCCGUUUGUCCUAAAGGAUCUCAAGCCACGGGGAUCAAUAAGUGCUCCAACGUCAAGCCCAAUCAGACAGUGUUUUUUAACAUCACCGUCAGCAUGAAGGACUGUCCGAGCGAGGAAGAGGAAAUCCUGAUUUUUGUGAAGCCCGUAGGAUUCAACGAGACGACCACCGUACGAGUGCGGCCCACCUGCUCGUGCCGAUGCCGGGAGCUGGGGAGGUGCCUGGACGAGCGGGACGAUGCUCUGUGUGGCGCUGGGGAGGAGCAAGAUGACCUGAGCCCAGCCAGGGACUGCAAGCUGGGGGGUUCGGGGCCAGACUGCAGCGGCCGAGGAGUGUGCGUGUGUGGGAAAUGCGUGUGCGACCACACCAACCUCGGAACAGUUAAUGGGAAUUACUGCGAGGUUGAUGACUUUUCCUGCCCGUACAGCCAUGGUCUGCUCUGUGGAGGGCGUGGCCAGUGCAUCUCAGGUGAAUGCAGGUGCGAGAGCGGCUGGACUGGUGAGAGCUGCGCAUGCCCCGCCUCCACAGAGCCCUGCCUAUCAGAAGACGGGCUGCUGUGUAGUGGGCGGGGCAAGUGCGUCUGCGGCAGCUGUCGGUGUGAUGACCCCCGGCGCUCCGGGCAGUUCUGCGAGAAGUGCCCAACCUGUGACUACUCGUGUCAAUCGCACUGGAAGUGCGUGGACUGCCAUUUGUCGAACGGCUUUUCCAAAGGGAAGGCCAAAGAGUGCAAUAGGACGUGUUCCCCACUGGUUGACUACGUCGACGGCAUCCCAGAUGUGAUGAGUGAAUCGGUCAAGCAGUGCCUGUACCCCAGCAGUGACAAGUGCCACUACAAGUUUCAGAUGAACUCGGUGUUUGACAGCGCUCAGAUCCGCAUCAGCAGGUACCCAGAGUGUCUUUCGAGCCAGCAGUACUACCCAACGUUCAUCGGGGUCCUGCUCCUCACACUCCUCCUGGGUCUCCUCAUCCUUGUCGUGGUGAAGUUCCUGCUGAUGCGGAAGAUGUGGACCCUUCGAGAAUCCCCCAUCUACGAUAUGACGAACAAGGAUUCCGGUUACAUCCCCACCCACAACGAGAAGACGAUAACCUACAGACGGGAUCAGCCACUGGAGAUGCACAUACAUGUUCACAAGAUGCCUUUGAAAGAGGUUUGGCAGUGAGGCACAGAAUCGCGCCGAUUUAAUGGCACAGCAAUAAAGCGAGGAGCACCCCAGGUCACCCUCAGGCCUCAUACCCCAGCAGCGGGAGGGCUGGCUGGUGGACACACACUGAGGGACACCUCCUGAAUCAUGUUCCAUUUCAGCUCUGAGCUGGAGCUCUGCGUUUCACACACUUUUCACCAGUGGGUUCAAUACGGGAGGGGUGGUAGGCCAUGGCAUGGGGUCACCCUAGUUUAUCUCGUUUUCUCUCUCUCACACUGACUGCGCGUGUGGGUGUAGGGGGCCGUUAUGUGACGCAUUUCAAUGAAUAGAUACACUACAUGAGUUGAAAUGAUCCUCAUUCAAUCCCAGCGCUGCUGUUGCUGCUGCUGCUGCUUUGCGUCGGAACUGGGACAGGAAAAAAAAAAAAAGAACUUAUUGCGCAAGAGGAAAAGUGAAUUCCUUUGGCGCGUGCCGCCAUCUAGUGGCCGUCGUGGGCGUAACCGAAACACGCAGAAACACGCAAUGAAUGCGGACUUCGAGGAGCAAUAACAUUAUGCUACUGUGACUGGAGAAAUAAUGGACACCCGGUUAAAAAAAAAAAAAAAAAUCGUCUGUGACGCAGUGUUACGGGACACUGCUAACUGUGGAUGUACAGCUUUCUUUUGUCGGUGAUAACAGAAGUGAAAAAUCUUCAGAAGAAGAUUUUUAAAUUAUUAGAAAUGAAUUCACUUUUGGGGGAAAAAAAAAGGAAAAAAAAAAUAACUACUUUCUAUGGCCAAACUGGAUGUUUUUGUGUUUAUAGAAAAGGAAUGGCAGUGCAUUCCUGUUAUUGUGCGGUACUAUAUUUAAGGAGUAAUUUUUUUGUUCGGUUUGUUGAGUGGAAGGACCACUUGCACUUGCAUUACUCGGGUGCGUUUUACUACUGCUGGGGGGCACUGAGAGCUGCGGCCGCAGGAAAAGUGCGAGACAAGAGCAGACACGCAGUUGUGCGUUUGCAGAUUUUUCCCCUUUUCGUCCCGUCCCCUUCGCUUAACUGCUCCAGUCGUGCUGUUUCUACAGCUCUUUUUUCCCCAUCCGAGAACUGAAAUACCCAUAAAACACAGUUGCCGUGUGGUGUAGCUACUGAAUAAUGAGGCAGGGCGCUAAAAACCUGCGUACGCACAACUGGCGAGGACUGCGCUUCCCACCAGCGCGCUGCCUUCAACCUGCACCGCCACUAAUGACCACUAGGGAGGCGACAGAGGGCUGCACUGUACUGUACUACACUCGAUUAAUUUCACCUAGUUUUGUACAGUACACCAAAUAACCUGCUAAAGGCUGUGCUGAGGGUUCGUCUCGCAAUCCUGUUCACCCGGCCUUGCCUCCCUGUUUAUUUUAACACGUGUUUACAAUAGUUGCUGCUCCGUUAGUUUUUAACACUAAUAUCAAUAUUUAUUCAUCUCUGUAUGACUGAUUCUUUGCAUUUUAGGUACUUAACCCUUCCGCUUACUGAUCAACUAUUUGGUUUUGUCUUUGAUUGAAAGGUACAUAUUGCUCUUUAAUGGGUUCUCAAUGAAAGGUCUAAAUGUCUAAUGUCACAUUUUACCAGAGUACUGUAUUGUAUAUAGAUACAAGAAUGUGUGAAAGCAAAGUGAAAGCAUUGUAUGGUGAAAAAGAUACUAUGAAUAAGUAGAAACUCAGUCAAUAGAGAAAGGGCAUUUCUGUAAAAACAGUGGGAAAGGUGAAUAUAAGAUUAUUUAUGUGUCUGUUUUUAGGGUAAGAUGUCAUUUACAUUUUUAUUAAAAACUAAAUUAU